AUGCUUCAUAGUAGCAGGUGGGAUGGAUCAUGGAAUAUCCCUUUACCAGGGAAAGGCCAUGGAUCAUUGGGAAGUGAAAGAAUCAUGGACAAUAGGGAGACGCCUAUUGAGAGGUAUUCGUAUAUAUCUUCAGUUGUGGCUACCGCAAGGAGGUUGCCUUCUGAUUCUGGCGCUUUUGCUGAUUGGGUAGCUUCUUCUGCCGGCCGUGCUGUCCCCGCCGACGAGCUCUCCCUCGGCUUCAAUGCCGGACCUGCCGCUGCUGCGGCCGGGGGAACCGCCGCAGGUCCCACCUCAGGAAUGUGGUCUGGUGCUGCCGCGAGGUCAGUCAAUUACGGUCUCUCGCCGGAGAUGGGAGGCAUGCUCGGCCUCCGCGAUCUCUAUGUCGUCGCGCCGGCGUCGUCAUUUCACCACCACCACCACCACCACCACCAUGACCAGUCUGUCAUGACCGAUCCUCAUUCGGUUAACAGCUCGAACCCCGCGACUGCGCUCGGCGUCGGUGUUAUUCCUCUUCUCACCUCCACGCCUUGUCUCGGCCCAUCUAACAUCAGCGCCGAGAACGAGACAUUGAUGAGUAAUCGAAGCCGAGGUGGCGCAAUUCAGCUGUGGCAAGACCAGGAGUCCGAGCAUGGUCAUUAUUUGAAGAAACAAGGUACGAUGAUGUUUGAGCUCAACGACAGUGCUGGAAAUCUGGUUCGGGACGACAAUGGAUUGACCGCCUCCGCCACGAACAGUGGUGGAACGACGUGCCAGGAUUGUGGCAACCAAGCGAAGAAGGAUUGUACUUACAGGAGGUGCAGGACUUGCUGCAAAAGUCGGAAUUACGACUGCCCUACUCACGUGAAGAGCACGUGGGUGCCGGAGUCUCGACGGAGGGAACGCCGCCUGAUGGCUGCUGCCGCUGGGGCAGCGACGGCUGGUGGAUCCAUCGGGGCUACCUCUGGUUCCAAGAAACCUAGACUUGUCACAUCACAACAACAAACCACAGCAAACUCUCACACUUCCACAUCUAAUACCACUCCUCCUAGAAGCUUCGAUACUAGCUCAAGCCAUCAAGAUGCGGGUUUUAAGGAAUCACUGCCGGGUCAAGUCCGAGCUCCGGCGGUGUUCAAGUGUGUUCGGGUGACGGCGGUGGACGAUGCCGGCCAGGACGAGUUUGCCUAUCAGACGACUGUGAAGAUUUGCGGCCAUGUAUUCAAAGGGUUUCUGUAUGACCAAGGGGUUGAAAGUAGACAUGUGUAUCCAAAUUUAUCGGAGCUUCAUCUUGGCGGCGCUGGCAGCUCCGGCAAUGGGAGAAAUGGGGCUUCAUCUUCAUCCCCAAUGCUGGAUCCCUCUGAUGUUUAUGCAGCUUCAGGUGGUGGCUUACUUGGAGGAGGAUCAACUUAUGGUAAUCCAAUAAAUUAACACUAAUUUGUAAGCUAAUUAAAAUGAUUCUUCUUCAUGUGGCGAUUAUUGGAGGAGCUUCUGGGCUUGUAAUCAAAUCCUGUAUCUUAUUGAAAAUGUGUAUCACUCCCCACUUUUGAACUCCUUUGGCUUCAUUCGUACAAUAUAUAUAUAUAUAUAUAUGUAGCCAAUUUGUCUCUGUCAUUUCAUAAAAUGAGCAUUUAAUGA